AUGAAAAAGCCAGAAGAACUUGUCCCUGAAUCAGGUGCUGUUUUCACAUUUGGAAAAAGCAAAUUUGCAGAAGAUAUUCCUAGCAAGUUCUGGUUCAAAAAUGACAAGCCUGUACAUAUAUCAUGUGGAGAUGAACAUACUGCUAUUGUUACAGGGAAUGGUAAACUAUACAUGUUCGGCAGUAACAACUGGGGCCAAUUAGGACUAGGAUCAAAGAACACUGUCAGCAAACCAACAUGUGUUAAAGCUUUAAAACCAGAAAAAACAAAACUUGCUGUUUGUGGAAGAAACCACACUUUAGUUUACACAGAAAAAGGAAAUGUGUAUGCUGCUGGAGGUAACAGCGAAGGUCAGUUGGGAUUAGGUGACACAGAGGAAAGGACCACAUUUCAUUUAAUUAGGUUUUUUACCAACCAGCACAAGAUCAAACAGCUAGCAGCUGGAUCAUAUACCUCAGCAGCAGUAACUGAGGAUGGGCAGCUUUUUGUGUGGGGUGACAAUUCGGAAGGUCAGAUUGGCUUGGCUGAUGAAGCCUUUGUCAGUGUCCCUUGUCAAGUGGAUGUUGGAAAACCUGUUUCCUCUGUAUCCUGUGGAUAUUAUCACUCUGCCUUGAUAACAGGAGAUGGUGAGCUCUAUACUUUUGGAGAACCUGAGAAUGGGAAACUGGGAUUAUUGCCCGAACAGCUGAAGAACAAUAGAGUCCCACAGCCUGUACUGGGAAUUAUGGAAAAGGUUAAUAAGGUUGCUUGCGGUGGAGAACACACAGUGGUGCUGACAGAGACAGAUGUAUAUACUUUUGGACUUGGACAAUAUGGGCAGCUGGGACAUGGUACUUUUAUUUUUGAAACUUCAGUACCGAAGUCUGUGAAACACUUGAAGAGGCAUAAAAUAUGUAACAUUACAUGUGGGGAAAAUCAUACUGCUGUAAUUGCAGAGAAUGGCCUCAUGUUUACUUUUGGAGAUGGGCGACACGGCAAGUUAGGACUUGGAGAAGAGAAUUUUACAAAUCAGUUUGCUCCUACUCUGUGUUAUAAUUUCUUGAGGUUCACAGUCCUUAUGGUUGCUUGUGGUGGUUGUCACAUGCUAGUUUUUGCUGCUCCAAGACCUAAAGGAUCUGAAGAAAUACUCUUAGAAGAUUUAUAUGAGAGCCGUUUGACUGCUACUAUCUCUAAAAUGAGUGGAGACUCACUACUAACAAACACCUUACAACUAACAUCAGCACGAAUGCGACGUCGAGAGAGGGAAGAGUCGCCAGAACAGUUUGUUCGAUUGGCACGAACUCUGCCUCCACUGGGAGAAAGCUUCUUAAAAUCUUCAUUGCCUGUGACUAGCAACACUAGCCCACUCUGUUUUUCUGCAACAAGUCUUCCUAAAGCUGAACCUGUGAAGGAUAGAGACCAUGAAAAAGAAAAGAAUCAUAAGAAAGAUAAACCUGGUGAAGGCUCUGCAGAAGAAGAUUCAGAUAAUGAAAAUAAUGACAGAAACCUUGGAGAUACAACUGACAUCCUAAAUAUGACACAUGCGAUGAAAUUGAAUCCCAGUGACCAGUCCUUAAAAUUAUCACCACUCCAAAAACAAAAGGAACAAAACUUGUCUGGAGAUGAAGAGACAGAUGAUGAUGAUGAUGAUGAUGAUGAUGAUGAUGAUGAUGAUGAUGAGGGUGAAGAAACAGAAGAAGAAGAAGCAGAAGCAGAAGAAGAAGCAGAAGGAGAAGAAGCAGGAGGAGGAGGGGAAGGAACAGAGAAAAAAGAGGAAAUAGAGGAAAAAUAUGAAAAAGAGAAACAUAGUAAAACACCUGAGAGAGAGAAGAGCAGUAAUAGCACAGUGGAAACUGUAGAGACAGAAGAGACUACUCAGAAAGAGACCAUCACUCAGCAGGAGAAAGAAAGCUCUGACAAUCACACUGUGAACAAUUCUUCAGAGAACUCUGAUGACCAAAUAACUGGAGGAAUCAUUGGGAGAAAAAAGUUUUCCCUGUUUAAGCGAAAGCCACCGACAGGCCAGAAGAAUGUAUGUAGCGGAAAGGAAGAUAGAUCUGGAAAGCCAUUACAGAGUGAACAAGAAAAGGAAAAGGAAGAUUUAUCUGGUGAAGACAGUAAAGAUGAAAACCAGAAUCAUACAUUGGAGAAUUCCAGGGAAACUGUGACUAACCAGGACAGAAGGAUGAAAUCUGCUACUUGUAUAUUACUCUAACACUGUUAUAGUACGUAAGAAUGUGAUAGUCUUAAAGCACAUAGUGCAGAUUUUACUUGAAGACAGUUAUGACUCACUAGAGAUGUUGAUGGUUGCUUUUUUGAUUGAUUUGAUUGCUGUGAUUUUAAACGUGCAGACCAUUUUCUUGAUAUUUAUUGGUAAUUUUAAUAGUUGCAAUUGAUACGCUUAUCAGCAUCUUGCUGGCGUUCUGUGGCCUUAACUGUUAGUGUUGUAAAACAAAAUAUAUUUUUUUAUGUGAAAAGUUGAAUACAGGCAUUUCAUGGUUUUUGCUAAAUCAUUUUAUUCUGUUUCAGUCUACAGAGUACCACUUUCAGUAUGGGACUCUUGCAAAAUGGUAAUAUUUGAUGUAAGAUACUGUUUGGUUUAACAAACUAGGUCAGAAUAUCGAAGUUCACAUUUUAAAGAGGGUACUCAGUUACUUAGAAAUACAUAUGCCUUCUCCUGUUUUGACUUAGAAAAAUAGCAAUAAAACUUCCAAGUUAACAUGUAGGCCAUUAUUGAGGAAGUUGCUGAAGUACGUGCCUAAUUCCAUCUGUGGCAGUAGUUCCACUGGAAACAGUACCUAAGAGUAGCGUGAGUCGGUUAGUAAGUAUCCUGCCAAACUGGGACUUGGAGGAACCUUUCGUUUCUGAGGGAUGCUGAACGCCGUCGCUCCUUCACUCCCCACAGAAUCAGGCCCAACGAAAACUGGACGGCCUCGCUGUUGGUUCAGUUGGAUUCUAAUCCUGUCUUCUGUGAACAUGCAUACCGUAAUGAGUCCCUGGUGAAGCUUUUCUAGAGGAAAACAACGUAACCAGAGUUACUGUGGAAUACGUUGGUAUGGCAAACAGAUCAUUAUGGGCUAAAUAUUCAUGUUUUUCUCAGGCAAGCUGGCUUUUCUUCAGAUGGAGGCUGAGCAGCAGGAGUAACGAAUCCCGUUACUGGUCCGGAUGAGCAGAAUGUUUGGGGUUUUAAUUAGUCCAAGAAGCAGAAGCGACAAACCGACUAUUCUAAUUACCAGCAUUCCCUCUAAAUGAAAUUUGAUUUCUGAAAAUUUAGUCCAGGUGAAUCAGAACUAUAACCCUUAUCAUGAUGAAUCUGAUCCAGGGUCCGCGUUUGCCCCUUACUAAAAUAUGCUUAGUUUUUUAUGAAUAUACACAAGCUCUAGCGUAAAUAUAAAAUAAAGAAUUAUUUCUAAACUGAGUACUUUUCAGAAUACCUUACAAGGGGCAGGUGAUCUUUGUAGAAAACCUAGGAAAAUGUUAUUUAAUUUGACUGACAUAUGAACAUAUUUUAAUAAGCCUUUGGCCAUGUUUCGCCUUUGGAUUAUCAGUUUUUCCUAGUUUCAGGGUUGCUUAAAUUUUAUAUACAUAGUCAGAAGUGUCUGGAGUUGGUUUUGACCUCGAAGCUGACUCGGCUGAACGCUUUGUCCCUGUAAGUAUGGCAGGUGCCCAGAUUCUUUCACGGGGCCUCCUCUGUGCUACAGUAAGCAUCAUAGUAAAAACCUGGAUGCUUUGGUCAUCCUUUGCAGGAGUUAAUUAAGAUCCUCUUGUUUCUGUUAUUUUUCUUUGGGCUACCCUUGAGUUCUGCAGUGAACCUUACAUCAGCUAUUUUUUUUUCUGCCGAUGUGCAUUACAUUUGCAUAUUUUCUUGUUUUCCUGAAUGCACAUGUGGUUUCUGUUCUACUUGGAUACUGUUGUGAAUAGUAAAGAAGUGGAAACGGAAAAAUAAAGUAAAUAGUGUCCUCAUUAAUUUAAAUAAGCUUUAAUUAUUUUUUUAAGGGGAGAUCAAUCACAGAAAUUGUUACCGUAAGGACAAUUUCUGUUUUUAAAAUGUGAACUAAUUUAGUGAAAAAUAUUACUUUA